AUGUCAAUCGCUAUUCCCACAAACAGUCGACAAUUUUAUAAAAUUUUGAAAGAUGAAGGUCUACUGUCACAGUUUCUACGUGAACAAAAUCUUAUUCAACGGCAUGACCAACAUAAAUAUCAUUGCGGGUCUCUGAUGACCGAAGAAAAUCCUGCACCAAAAAUUGCUGCGUUAGUUCAAGUUUCGCAACCAACUGUAGUGGAUUGGUUGAAUUUCUUACGUGAGGUAUGGCAGGAGGCUUUCAAUGAUGCAACACAAAUGGGUGGUGUGGGUAAAAUAGUUCAAAUAGACGAGUCUUUGUUUCGAGAUAAACGAAAAUACAAUCGUGGACGUUUAUUACUUGGUAGCCUAAACAACAAUAACAAUAAUAAUGUUAACGUACAAAAUUCGAGUUCAUCUUCAGACAGUGAAUAUGAUGAUUAUAAUAAUACUGCACAACGAACUAACAAUCGCAAUUAUGGAAGACGAGUCGAAGAACCAUGGAUUUUUGGCAUCGUUGAACCAACAGAAGAAGGCCAAGAAGUGAGAUUCUUUCAUGUUGCUCGUAGGGAUGCUGCUACGCUUAUUCCCAUCAUUUGGAAGCACGUUUAUCUUGGUACAACAAUCUGGCCCGAUCAAUGGAAGGUCUACUCAAGACUUCAAACAGGAUAUGGCUAUGAUCAUGAGACAGUCAAUCACAGUCGGAAUUUCGUCGAUCUUCGAACGGGAUAUCAAACCCAAUUAAUUGAGUGUUUGUGGUCUCACGCAAAAAACCAAAAUCUUACGAGCAAUGCGUGGAACCCCAUCACUAAAUUCGCAGUUAACAGAAUACUGGUAUCACACUACUCAUCAGAAUAUCUUUCCAUCGAUUCUUGA